CUCAGAUAGUCAUCCUCUCUGAAACACGCCGAACGGACAAUAGAAUCAGACGCAGGAAACAGUUGUUGAACAUGAAGGAGCUAGUAUAUAAUGAGUCUUAGUGCACGACCAGGUCACGUCAAGCCGAUUGUAUUUGUGGCUCACCUUUCACUUCUUUCACUUCAUGCACCUCCUUGUACUUAGCUCAGUCCAGCAGAUAUGUUGCAAGUCCUUUUCUACAAACUCUUCCUCGCAGUAGCCUUCGGAUAUGUACGCAUCGGCCUGAUCUUUUUGGCUGCCUGUGUAACAUGGAGGGCGUUCACCAUCUACCGUAUACAUCGAAAUCGUCCUAGAAACAUCUAUAUCACCUCAAAGUCGUAUUCGAUCGGCAAAUGGGUCAAGAACUUCGAUUUUAUCACCAAUGCUCCGACUCAUAUCCUUCGAACAUCCCGGAAGCUAGGCUACUCAUCGUCGUUCGCUAUCCCUUCCCUUGUUGAACACCAGGUACUUGUCGCAGGUCAACAGGAUGUUGAGGCGCUUUGCAACAGCAGUGAAGGGGUCCUCUCUUUUCAUGAGGCUAUGACGGAUAGAAUGAAACACUAUUACACCAUGUACGGCUUCGAACACAACAACAUCGACCCACACGAUAACGUUCCAAUACGUGCUGUCAAAGUCCUUCUUCGAAUGCAUAUUCCAGUCCUCCGGCCUUUGAUUCGCCGCAAAAUCCGCGAAGGAUUUGAGACAGCGGUGGCUAACGGGCACAGAGUAAAAAAUUGGUCGUCUGUCUCGAUCUUUCAGCUUUCGAAGAUGGUCAUUGAGGAGUCGAACGCCCAAGUCAUCUUAGGCGAUGAACUCGGAAACAAUCCCGAGUGUGUCAGGGCGGCUAUUCGGUAUAGCACGGACGCAGUAAUCACUGCCGAAAUUUGUCGACAGCUGCCCCCUAUGUUCACGCCCAUCAUCGCCACGACACUUAUGCGGUGGAGCGGCGCAAUGGACAAAGUCGCCAACUUCAUUCGACCGGUAGUGGAAGAACGAAUGCGGACGCCUUCGAAAGAAUCGAGCAAUGCCACUUCCUACAAUGACUGCAUCCAAUGGACCAUUGACUCGUCACAUACUCCGGCGCAGCGAGCUACCCCACGACUUGUAGCACAGAUAAUCGGUAUUCUCCUUGCGUCUUCGCAUCAGAUGUCAAUGGUCCUUGUGUAUAUCAUAUACGCCCUUUGCGACCACCCCGAGUACAUUGAGCCUCUGAGGAAAGAAAUUGUCGAGGCUGUAAACAAGAACUCUAAAGAUCCCUUGAAAGAAAUGCAUCUACUGGACAGCUUUUUGACGGAAACAUCGCGCCUCUAUCCCCCAGACGCCCUAACGGUUCAACGCAAGGUUAAGAAACCAUUCACUCUCCCAAGUGGGGCGGUCAUUCCGACUGGGAAUCUUAUUGCCGUUCCAGUCCUUGCUCAGGCUCGCAAUCCAGAAGUAUUUCCGAACCCUGAAACAUUUGAUGGACGACGUUUCCUUCUCAAGGAUGGCCAAACCAAGGAUAAGGAUGCAGUAUCUCGGUUUACUGAUGUUCGCUACUCAUUCUCGUUUUGGGGCGCGCCCCGUAAAGGCUGUCCUGGAAGGUGGUACGUCUCCGAAACCUUGAAGCAGGCCAUGGUACAUCUCCUCGCGAACUAUGACUUCGAGUUGGAAGAUGAACAUGCAAGCCGAUUUAUGUACUGGACCACCGCUAUAUUCCCACGGCCAGCCAGGAGGAUUCUGUUGAAGGAGAGGGGGAUCGUUUGUUAAAGAGACAUGCGCUAGUCCAGAAGCUUGCAGAUGUGCCUAGGCAUAUGUACCUGUAUUUGGAAGUCUAGUCACCUUUAUUAGAUAUCGGAUGAUGAAC